AUGGAAUACUACGAUAUAGACGACAUAAUUGCUGAUUCUCAGCGACUGCCUGUCAAGUUCCAGAUAUCCGUACCCGGACUCGGGUACCUUGAAGGCAACCCAGGAAAACAGGUUUCUAAGGACUCGCGAAUGGAACUACCGCUUUGGCUAGCUCUUAUCCUCGCCAUUUGUCCUAUUGACGAUUCAGAGGACUCCGGACAGAACUUUGUGGAACUUCUUCCCCCCGAAUUCCUAAGUGCCAAGGUCCAGAAUGCAAUCAAGUCAAGUCCAGCCACAAUUGACUUGCACUCAAUCCUGCCUCACUUUUAUAAUUUUGUCGUGAAAUGGUGCUGGCUUUUUGAAGAUGCACAGCUCGUGCAGUUGUGUCUAGAUAUGCUUCGCGAACGCGCUGCUGAAAUUAAUAGCAGAAGCUCCAACUCCACCGCGCGCCAAAAUCUCGACCAGAUCAAUAAACUGGAUGAAUUUGAAAAGCGCAUUUUCAAACUCAACUACGACAGUUUUAAAGAUCUCAAGCAGUGGUUAGCGGCCCAACAUCCGUGA